AUGCCUUCCAAGAUCGCCCUCUCCAUCUCCCUCCUCGCUGCCGCCAUGGGCAUGGUCAGCGGCGCCCCCCACUGGGGCGAGAGCCACAAGUCGUACAACGGCGGCCACAACGUCGAGUCGACCAACGAGAACAAGCUGCUCGACCUCUCCAACCUCGGCCUCGGCAUCGAUCUGCUCAAGCGCGGCGAGUCGUCGACGUGCCACAAGUACAUUUCCACCUACGACGCCGGCCACAGCGUCUACAACUUCAACUCGAACAAGCUCGUCGACCUGAGCAACCUCACCCUCGACCUCGAGGUCCUCGGCGGCGGCCACAGGCGCGUCUGGCACGGUGUCCCCCACUCGUGCAUCUCGUACAUCAAGAGCUACAACGGCGGACACAACGUCGUCAACGUCAACGAGAACGCCCUCGUCGACGCCUCGGACCUCACCGCCCUCAUCAGCAUCCUCAAGCGCGACAUUGAGCUCUACGACGGCGGCCACAACGUCGACUCGACCAACGAGAACAAGCUUCUCGACCUCUCGAAGCUGACGGCUCUCGUCGACGUGCUCAAGAAGCGCACCAACUCGGUCGAGUCCUACAACGGUGGCCACAAUGUCGAGUCCACCAACGAGAACAAGCUCAUUGACCUCUCGAAGCUCACCGCGCUCGUCGACAUCCUCAAGAAGCGCCACGCCACCUUCGAGUCGUACAACGGCGGCCACAACGUCGAGUCGACCAACGAGAACAAGCUCGUCGACGCCUCCAAGAUCAAGAUCGGCGUCGACGUCCUCAAGCGCAACGCCCCCAGCUUCUCCAAGUACAACGGCGGCCACAAUGUCGAGUCGACCAACGAGAACAAGCUCGUCGACCUGUCCAAGCUCACGGCCAUCGUCGAUGUUCUCAAGAAGCGCACCAACUCGGUCGAGUCCUACGACGGCGGCCACAACGUCGAGUCCAUCAACGAGAACAAGCUCAUCGACCUCUCGAAGCUCACGGCCCUCAUCUCGAUCCUCAAGCGCGACGAGCCCCAGCUGCUCGCCCGCACCACCGAGGGCGUCAAGUCGUACAACGGCGGACACAACGUCGAGUCGACCAACGAGAACAAGCUGAUCGACAUCUCGGACCUGCUCGCCAUCAUCAAGGUGCUCAAGCGCGACGAGGAGUCGUCGAUCCAGGCCCGCGACCUGAUGGGCGAGGUCUACCGCCGCACCAACGGCGACGAGGACUGCACCUGCGUCACCAAGCCCAAGCCCAAGCCGCAGCCCAAGCCGCAGCCCAAGCCCCAGCCCGAGGAGUGCGACACCACCGACAAGGCCAAGCCCACCCCCAGGCCCAAGCCCACCCACCACCACCACCACACGAAGACCCAGAACUGGACCACCAAGACGCACGAGCCCAAGCCCAAGCCGACCGGCGACAAGCCCAAGCCGGUCCCCGAGACGCCCGAGAAGCCCAAGCCGGUGCCCGAGACCCCGCACAAGCCCACGUGCACUGACAAGCAGGUCUACAUCGACCAGGGCCACAACGUCGUCUCGACCAACGAGAACAAGCUGCUCGACCUCUCGGACAUCACCAUCGGCAUCAGCAUCCUCGGCCUCGGCGGCAAGAAGGAGCAGAAGAAGGUCCCCGGCAGCGCCACCUGCACCUCGGCCCAGGGCUGCUGCGUCGACCGCGACGUCUACUACUACAACGGCGGACACAACGUCAAGUCGACCAACGAGAACAAGGGCCUCGACCUCUCCGGGCUUAACCUCGGCCUCGACAUCCUCUAG